CACCGUCACGUGCUGUGGCGCGGAGUCCAGCCUGUUGCUGAUGCUGCGCCUGGUAUUCGUCAUGGAGCUGGCGCCGCGGAGCUCUCCCGUCCCUCUGCUCCUGCUGCUUCUGGGCCUGAGCGCGGGAGCUGUCAUCAACUGGCCCACAGAGGAGGGCAAGGAAGUGUGGGAUUAUGUGACUGUCCGGAAGGAUGCGCACAUGUUCUGGUGGCUCUAUUAUGCUACCAGCCCCAGCAAGAACUUCUCAGAACUGCCCCUGGUCAUGUGGCUUCAGGGUGGUCCAGGUGGUUCCAGCACUGGGUUUGGAAACUUUGAGGAAAUUGGGCCCCUUGACGUUGAUCUCAAACCACGAAGAACUUCCUGGCUCCAGUCGGCCAGUCUCCUGUUUGUGGAUAACCCUGUGGGCACUGGCUUCAGUUAUGUGAACAAGAGUGACGCAUAUGCCAAAGACCUUGCCACAGUGGCAUCAGACAUGAUGGUUCUCCUGAAGACCUUCUUCGGUUGCCACAAAGAAUUCCAGACAGUUCCAUUCUACAUUUUCUCAGAGUCCUACGGAGGAAAAAUGGCUGCUGGCAUCAGUCUAGAACUUUAUAAGGCCAUUCAACAAGGGACCAUCCAGUGCAACUUUGCCGGGGUCGCUCUGGGUGACUCCUGGAUCUCCCCUGUUGACUCGGUGCUCUCCUGGGGACCUUACCUGUACAGCGUGUCUCUUCUUGACGACCAGGGUCUGACAGAGGUGUCUCAGGUUGCAGAGCAAGUGCUGGAUGCUGUAAAUAAGGGACUCUACAAAGAGGCCACCGAGCUGUGGGGGAAAGCGGAAAUGGUCAUUGAACAGAACACAGAUGGGGUGAACUUCUAUAACAUCUUAACUAAAAACACUCCCAUGUCUGCAAUAGAGUCAAGCCUAGAAUUCACGCAGAGCCACCUAGUUCGUCUUUCCCAACGUCACGUGAGACACCUACAAACGGACACCUUAAGUCUGCUCAUGAAUGGUCCCAUCAGAAAGAAGCUCAAAAUUAUUCCUGAGGAUUGCUCCUGGGGAGGCCAGGCUACCGAGGUCUUCCUAAACAUGGAGAAGGACUUCAUGAAGCCAGUCAUCAGCGUCGUGGAGGAGUUGCUGGAAGCCGGGGUCAACGUGACUGUGUAUAACGGACAGCUCGAUCUCAUCGUGGACACCAUGGGUCAGGAGUCCUGGCUGCGGAAGCUGAAGUGGACAGAACUGCCCAAAUUCAGUCAGCUGAGGUGGAAGCCCCUGUACUGUGACCCCAAGUCUUCUGAAACGUCUGCUUUUGUCAAGUCCUACAAGAACCUGUCUUUCUACUGGAUUCUCAGAGCCGGACACAUGGUUCCGUCUGACCAAGGGGACAUGGCUCUGAAGAUGAUGAGGCUGGUGACUCAGCAAGAAUAGGACAGAGUGGGCUGGAGGUGAGCUGGCUCGGCCUUGGCACGGGAGCGGAAGCGAGCACCCUGAAGCUGUAGGAAGCACCGACCUCCCCUGGAAUCCGCCCUGGACCGUGACUGUGAAGGUUCCGGUCAGCUCCACGCAGAACAAAAUCAUUGCCUCCGUGGCAGCUUGGAAAUCUAGGGGUUUUUUUUAAUGGAUUUGUUUUCAUCAAAAUGAAGGAUUGAAAUAGAUUAACAUUUUCUUAUUACAAAAGCAAAUUAUGAGGCCGGCCCUGUGGCCGAGUGGUUAAGUUCGCGUGCUCCGCUUCGGCGGCCCAGGGUUUCACCGGUUCCGAUCCUGGGCAAGGACAUGGCACCGCUCGCU